GUCGAACAAACCACACCGACCACAUCAACGUCGGCAUCGUCAACGUCGUCCAACGAACAAGAAGACAUCGAUAUUUGGAUUUGAAAAGUGUAGUUGUCACCAUUUCACAUUUCCAAUAACAACAGCAUUGUACAGAAAGGAAAAUAAAAACCAACAACAACAACAACAACAGAAAGAAGAAAAACCCAACGAAACAAUCAUUUUAAGCUUAGAAAGUGUAUAUAGAGAAGAAAGUGUUUUUAUCGAAACCGUAUGCUGAGCAAAGCAUGGCUUUUGCUGCAAUAUCUAGCGUAUUUUCAACUGGUUCUUUAUUAGCUGCACCGGUCACUGCGUUAAGUUUAAUCCCAAUACUUGCGCUUGGCAUUAAUUAUUAUCGCUACCAAAGCAUCGAUCCAGAAGGAAGACCAAUCGAUGCGCAAAAAAUUCGUGUUCAGUAUGACUUCAUUGUGGUUGGAUCGGGGAGUGCAGGGGCGGUUGUGGCAUCGAGGUUAUCCGAAAUACGGAAUUGGACAGUUUUACUCAUAGAGGCAGGAGGUGAUGAAACGGAGAUAAGUGAUGUACCAGCGUUGGCCGGCUAUCUACAACUGAGCGAAUUGGAUUGGAAGUAUCAAACGACACCACCACCUGAUCGAGCUUAUUGUCAGGCGAUGAUUGGCGAUCGAUGCAAUUGGCCCAGAGGAAAAGUGAUGGGUGGUUCAUCGGUCCUGAAUGCCAUGGUUUACGUGCGAGGCAACAAAAAGGAUUAUGAUUCAUGGUCAGAGCAAGGCAAUCCUGGUUGGGACUAUGAGAAUGUGUUGUACUACUUCAAAAAAUCAGAAGAUAAUCGAAAUCCGUACCAUAGCAACAGUCCAUAUCAUGGCACUGGUGGCUAUCUCACCGUGCAAGAAGCUCCAUGGCGAACACCCUUAUCACUUGCAUUCAUCAAAGCCGGCAUGGAAUUGGGAUACGAAAAUCGUGACAUCAAUGGCGAAUCACAGACUGGGUUUAUGUUAACGCAAGCGACAAUUCGACGUGGUAGCCGGUGUAGUACGUCAAAGGCAUUCUUGCGGCCAGUUCGACUGCGCAAAAACCUCGAUAUCAUCAUGCAUUCGCAAGUGACAAGAGUAUUGUUCAACAAAGGUAAACGAGCACAUGGCGUUGAGUUCAUUCGUGGUGGAAAAAUCCAUACGGUUUACGCACGAAAGGAGGUGAUUCUCAGCGCGGGAGCAAUCAACAGCCCUCAACUGUUAAUGCUGUCUGGAGUAGGUCCAUUAGAUCAAAUGAUUGCCCAUAACAUUUCACAAAUCGCUGAUUUGCCAGUCGGUCUCAAUUUACAAGAUCAUGUGGGUCUGGGCGGAUUGACAUUUGUAAUUGACGAACCAGUUACGUUCACACGAAGACGUUUCACAACAAUGUCAGUGGGCAUGGAUUAUAUUAUGAACGAAAAAGGACCAAUGACAAUGCCUGGUGUUGAAGGAGUCGCAUUCGUAAAUACGAAAUACGCUGACCCGUCUGGUGAUUGGCCCGAUGUUCAAUAUCAUUUUGCGCCAAGCUCAAUCAACUCCGAUGGUGGUGAACAAAUUCGAAAAAUUGUCAAUCUUCGAGAUGGCGUGUUUAAUACGGUCUACAAACCACUUCUCAAUUCCGAAACAUGGACCAUUUUACCUUUGCUUUUACGUCCGAAAAGUACUGGAAGAGUAACACUCCGGAGUAAAAAUCCACUGCACAAGCCAGUAAUUGAACCGAAUUAUUUUGCGCACCGUGAAGAUAUUAACGUUCUCAUAGAAGGGAUCAGAAUAGCAUGUAAUAUAUCCGAUCAGCCAGCAAUGAAACGUUUUGGAUCACGUUUGCAUCGAAUUCCAUUCCCUGGAUGUCGUCAUUUGCCGUUCGAUUCCGACGAAUAUUGGGAAUGCUCCAUUCGACAGUUCACAUUUACAAUCUACCAUCCGACGGGCACGGCAAAAAUGGGCCCAAGCUAUGACGAUGGAGCAGUUGUCGAUUCUAGGUUGCGUGUCUAUGGUGUGACUGGGCUGCGUGUUAUUGACGCCAGUAUUAUGCCGACAAUCAUAAGUGGUAAUCCAAAUGCGCCGGUAAUUAUGAUUGGUGAAAAAGGGGCGGAUAUGAUAAAGGAGGACUGGGGUCAACGCACCAAAAAAUCAAUCAACAUCAAUGCGAUUUCAUGAAUGGUGAACGGAACUUGGAGGGAAAUUGGCUGAACAAUUUGGCACUUGAAUGUGCGCCUAUGUGAUAUAUAUACGAAUUAUAUGAUUUAAAUGUAACGCAAAUAGCAGAAUGCAACAUACUGUCACACAACGAACUAUAAUUUAUUCUUUUAAUUUAUAUUGAGAUCAAAUGACGUUGUCAUGAAUUAUGAAAAAAAAAUCCAUGCAUUAACUGUUUUCAUUUGGUAUUGUACAAUAUUUUGAAUCAACUAUGCGCUCAAGCGCAUGCUGUCGGAUUCGACAGGUGAACGAAAUUGAAAAAAUAGGACAAAAAAUGGGAUUAAAAUAAGAAAAUACAUUUUGAAAUUAUAGAGAAAAAGAAGAAGCAAAUUCCGCUUCGAAUGUUUGAAUAAUGAAAGAAAUAAAAGGCACUUUGUUUUAAAAAUUUAAUCGUGGGUAGAUCAUAAGACAGGCCGUAUAUCUAGCUAGUCAAUAAGCGCAUCAAUUUCCAAGUAAACUACCCGAGAAUAUUCAACAUCGCCCAACGGACGCAAUGCAUUAGCCUAUGAUUAAAAUGAAAGAUAUUAUAAACAAAUGCGCACACCAUUUGAACUGAUGUUACACACAAACACACACACACACACAUUUUGCUAAGAAGAAAAAGAAACAAAACAGUAAAGGAAAAACAAAAUUCAUCCGAACCACGGACUGAAUGCGUUACUUUCGAAAUGUAAAGAGAAGAAAUGCCGCACAUUUCAAACACAGACACGCCAAUCAAUUGUUGUAUAGUUUUGUAAUAAAACUAUACCGGCUCAUUUAGAUGAAUAGGGAAAACAAAAUGUAUGUUUAGGCGCUUUAGGCUAAAUCGAUUGUUGUUUUUUUCUAAUGCAAUUAAUUAGAGAUGAUGAUUAUCGAUCGUUCAAUGGAAAUCAAUUGUUUCGGAGAAAAAUUGAAGUGAAAUACAAACAAAUGCUGAUUAUGAUUUUCUAGCGUUGUAUCACAUUGUGUAUGUGUGUAUGUGUGGAGCUAAAUGGAAGAGUGUAAUCGAAAUUGAAAUGGAAAUUGGUGAGAAAGAAGAAAAAAAACGUCGAUUGUCGAACGAUUAAUGUACAUAAGGUUGAAAGCGAAUAAAUUUAAUGUAGUUUUUACUAUAUAUUUUACGAGAAAAAAAAACGUAAUAUAAAACUCA